GUGUGCGCCUCCUCCGUCCGCAUCGCGCACUCACCUGCUGUGGGACUUUGCCAGACGCACCAUCACGAAGAUACGCACUGUAACAUAAGUCGCAGUGAACACCAGGUGAAAUGGAUUACUAACUUCUUCUUCACAACCUGAAAGAGGUGCUUUCCCCCCUUUUUUCCUCUUUUGCGCCGCUUUUCGAAGUUGUUCCACAUUCAGGACGGUUCGACACGGCGCGCCCUGCGCUCAGGAGGGGAUUAGUAAGGAGAUAGCUGGUGCUCGGAGAUGAAGAUAUGUCACCCUGGUCCUCUUCACAAGAACGAUGGACAGAGUGAAAAUGCAGCCGGACUGUAACUGGCGCCCUCAUGGAGCCCUGAUACGCAGGGCAGAGAGCAGGUAAAUGGAAGUGCAGGACAGGAGUCGCUCCCCAUCCCGCAGGACCAGCCGGGUGGAGCAGGUGGUGGGAAGAUGGCUGAGACGGUCCAGAGACUUAGGAAGCAGAUCUCACUCUUUGAGCAGAGACAGGGCUGCACCAGACGGAAAGGCACAAUCCAGUGGUUCUGAUCAGAGGAGUUAUGCCUUCCGCUUCAAUGUUCAGAUCCAACGGGACCCGGGCCUUAACUCUCAUGGCCUCACUCUCUCGUCUCAGACCCCGAUCCUGGUACAGGAGAUCAUCCCUGGUGGUCCUGCAGAUGGUCGGCUUGUCCCUGGCGACCAGCUUGUGAAGAUCAAUAACGUUGCUGCCGAUGAUCUGACCCCGGAGCAAGCUGCUGAAAUAAUCAGGGAGUGUCAAGAAACAUUGACAAUGACAGUGCUCAGAACAAUGCUGGGUCCAAAAUCAUCAUUCAUCACCCCAGAGAAGAAGGCCAAGCUCAAGUGUAACCCUGUCAAAGUGCGUUUUGCUGAGGAGGUGGAAGUCAAUGGACAGUCUCAGGGUAACUCGCUGCUCUUCCUGCCUAAUGUCCUGAAGGUGUAUCUAGAAAACGGACAGACAAAGGCCUUCAAAUUUGAACCCAGCACCACGGUAAAGGACAUUGUAAUGACACUGAAAGAAAAGCUUUCUCUCAGCCGAAUUGAGCACUUUUCCCUGAUGCUGGAGCAGCAGCCUGGCGUCACCAAACUAUUGCUGCUGCAUGAUGAGGAGAGAAUACAGCAGGUGGUCCAGAAGAAAGAAGCUCAUGACUACAGAUGUUUGUUCCGUGUUUGUUUCAUUCCCAAAACCCCCCAGACUCUGCUAGCAGAUGACCCCACUGCUUUUGAGUACCUCUAUCUACAGGGUGUGAAUGACGUGCUGCAGGAGCGCUUUGCAGUCGAGAUGAGGUGUAACACAGCUCUGCGACUUGCUGCCCUACACAUUCAGGAGAGGCUGGCAAGUUGUGGACAGUCACCAAAGACCAACCUGAAGAUGAUCACGAAGACGUGGGGUAUAGAAAACUUUGUGUCAUCUACCUUACUGCGAAACAUGAGAGAGAAAGAUCUGAGGAAGGCCGUAGGUUAUCACAUGAAGAAGUGCCAAUCACAGUACGAUCCCAAGCAGAAGGGCCUGACAAUUGAUCAGGCACGGAUCAAUUAUCUGGAGGAGCUCAGCGAUCUGAAAUCAUUUGGAGGCAAAUCCUUCAGUGCCACUAUGAUGCUCCAGGACAGGGAGUCAACAGUGACCCUGUUGGUGGGGGCACGGUACGGGGUGAGUCAGGUGGUCAACCGGAAGCUGAGCAUCCUGUCCACUCUCACAGAAUUUACCAGCAUCACCCGCAUUGAGCUGCUGCCAGAAUCAGACAGGGUCAGCCUGGUGAAAAUAUACCUGCAGGACAUUAAGCCCAUUACAUUACUUCUGGAGUCAGUAGCCGCAAAAGACAUGUCCUGCUUAAUAGCUGGGUACUGUCGUGUGUUUGUUGACCCCAACCUCAACAUUUUUCCAUGGGUAGAUGACUCCAAGAAGCACAGAAUCUCUGCUGAGGAAGGUUAUGUAUCACGGUGCGGCAGUGACUCUGACAGCUCCUCUGACCUUGACAUGGAUCCCCUGGUGAGCACGGCAUCUCAGGACGAGAAACCCUUUCAUCGAGUCAGAUCUUCUUCAGAUCCAGAGUCCAAAAAAAGGAAGGACAGACUGAAAAGUAGGAGCAAAGAUGACAAAGAGUCAGCGGAAAGGUUACAGGAGGAGAAAAAAGAAGAGAAGGAUGUUGGCACGGAAAAAGAGAAGUGUCCACCAGAUAAUGUUGGAGAGGACACAGGGACUGAUAGUGCAAAAUAUGGAGGACAGAUACAUUCAGGCAGUGGUUUAGAGGAAGAAACUGGGAUGCAAAAAGAUGUGAGUAAAAGCAAACUGGAAAGUGGAGAAGAGGUGCGAGGAGCAGAGGAGCAGCCAUCAGAAACUUCAGAUUCAUGUCAUGUCCUCACCAGCCCUUCUAGUGACUCCCUAGACGCUCUGGAAGAAGAUGACUUAAUAUCAUGCUCUUCAUCCUCUACCCAUCCUAUCACUUCUUUGCAUACCCAUGCCCACAUACACCCACCCCUUCAGCUUCACCAAUAUUCUCAAAGGCCUACCCACCCCCACCUUCUCGCCCCUCCACCCAUUCACUCCCACCCUGUUCUGAUCCACCCUUCUACCCACAUCAGAGGCGAAGGUGAGGAAGGGGGUUGCAGGAGGUCCAUUGACAGAGCUGAUACCCAGUUCCUUGCACCCAUCUCUGGAAUCCUCUGCUCUGAUGACAGCUCCCUGUGUUUUGCUGAGCUGUCCCGCCUUGUGGACUUCCUGCCCAGCCCCCCAGAAGCCAGCGAAGAUGAUGAAGACGAAGACGAGGAAUUGAGGAGGAGAAGGGAGAAGGUGCUAAGAGAAAUGGAUGAGUCCAUGAGGAGAGCAGGUGAAGGUGAGGGUGGAAGCUUAAGCGGGGAGGGUACUUCUAAGGAACAUCCUCUAUCCGUUUCCCCGCCCACAUCCUCCUCACACAUAGACUUUGUUUUCAACUUUGACCAAAGUGACGCUCGCUGUUACUACAACAUCUGCUCCAACAUCACCCCAGAUAGUGCUCGCAGCCUCCCCCACCUUCCACAUCAUAAUGAGCGAGGAGGUGGGGAGGAAAAGGAAGAGGAGGCUGAGGGAGAUGAGGAUACAGCUGAAGGUCUGGAGCAUAUCCCUCUCCUUCAGCCCCCACCUGGUUUUGGAGACAGCAGCUCAGAUGAAGAGUUCUUUGAUGCCAGAGAUCGGUUCACAUCUCCUGAAGACCCAACCUCUGGGAUUUUGCCAAGAGAUAUUUCCACAGAAAUCAAGUUGGACUUCUUGAGUAUACGUAGUCUCAGUGACAUUAGAGUCUCUGCAGCAGAUGCCGAAAAAGGAAUAAAAGAAGAGGACAGAAAAGCAGGAAAUGAAAAAGUGGGCAGCAGGGAAACACUGUUCCAGCUCAGAAAACGAUCCCGUAAGCGGCGUUCCUUCAUGGAAACAGAAUAUACUUCUAGGGUGUCAUAUCCAGAACAAGAUGCACAAUCAAAGCAGGAGAUCGUCUCUAAUAAGCUUCAUAAAAGCCUGUUAAAUGAAUACGGUGAAGCUCAAACACUGAGUUCAGAUCCUGAACCUUCGGAACAAACCCGGAAUCCAAGUCCAACUGUCUCCUCAUUGACUCACUCUGAAGGAGAACCAGCCCAGCUUGAGUCAAAACCAAUCUUAUCCAAACCAUGCUCGCAAGGGUCCCUUUCUGAAUUUGGGACACAUGAGAAGAUUAGGGACCCACAGACCCCCUCCAGGACAAGGAAACAGGAAAUGGAGAUGGAACCUGAUGCAAUGGAAUCUAAGUCAGUCACUGAUCUGGUGAAGGCACCGUCUCCAACUAUUACCGUUGUCCGCUGCCGGCUAGAUCCAGAUGGAAAAGAGAGUGCCAACAGUAGGGGGGACGGAAAGGAGGAGAUAGAUGAGGGGAAAGCAAGGGGGGAGGAGGAGGACACAACAUGUGUGUCAGAAAAUGGGCCAUUUACUAGUCACAUGUUUUUGCAAAGAAUCUCCGAGAAGGACGGUAAGGAGAAAGAUGCCGGAGAGGAGCAGAGAGAGGGCACCAAAGCGUACUCAUCCAGUUCAAACAGGCCACUUACAAGUGCUAAAAGGCAGUCAGAAGAUACAUCAGCUACAUGUUUGAUGGACGUAAACACAAAGAGUGGUAAUGGCCUUCUAGGCACCUGUCUAAUUGCCCUGGAACAAAAUUCAUUUGUAGAGGAAUACAUGCUUGAAGGCUUGAGAGAUGACCCAAAGCCACUUUCAUUCUCACCACCACCACCUCCACCUUCAUCCCCUCUUCCUCCCCUACCUGUUAAUUGCAUAUCCCAAAGUGAUUGCUUGGAGAAGGAAGGAGGCAGCAAAAACCCAGGAACUUCCAUCAAAGUGUUCUUGUCUACUUCUGAGGAAUUACAACACAGUCCAGAGAUACAAAAAAGAAAAGGAAAUCACACUGACAAUGCACAUUUAGCAACAACAGCCACUGUUACUGAGGAUGAACUGAUGGGUGUGGUUAGUUCCACCAUGACAGCAAGUGAUGAAGUUACUGAUAGCACCAGUUCUGAUAAUGUAUUUGAUGAUGAUGAAGCUAGUAAUUCCUUAAAUUCUAGUUCGAGUGACAAGAGAUAUGACUGGGUUAUAGCCGGAAAGAAUAGUGUCAGUGCUAAUUCAGAGGCAGAAGGUAAAAGUAACUUUCAACUGAGUAUUAAGUCCUGUAUGAGCACAAACACUGAAGCACAUACAAGAAUUCGUUCUGUUAGCCCUGAUUAUACUCGUACUAUAAACUCUAUUGCUGCGAAGCUUGGAGCUGCAACAAGUGUCCCAUCUUCUACAUUUAAUUCAAGUGCUAAAUUGAAAAGUGGGGAUAUGUUUGAAAAUAUAAAUAAGGCUAAAAGUAAUUCUACCCCGCCAGGUGUUGCAGGAAUGGAAAGUUUAGCUAUUUCUAGCUUAGCAAAGGCUAACAUGUCCACUGUCCAUGAUGUCUCCAAAGAUCCUUCCUCCCCAACUCACUUCUUCUUUCAGACCUGUUCUCCCAGCAUCAUGGGUCGCUUAUCUGCCUCUACACUUCGGGGUAAGAUUCAAAAGUUGCCACUUUAUUUAUCACGCUCCCAGGAAACUAUUAAUCAGGCCGGGGUGAGUACUACACCUCAGAGUCCUGUUGAGGACAACAGUAGGGAAACUACAGAGAUCACUAUUAGUGUGACAGACAUUAAUAAUGUCACACAAACCAUAAACUUAGAUGUGGGCACAACUACAGAAUCAGUGGAUUCAGAUGACUCUGACACAACGGUUACAGGAUCAGAGGUGGAUGGUGAGUUUUUUAUGGAAACAAUCCCAUCUAAGAAUUCUGUGUUUGAAGAGAAGGGAGUGACAGAACCCAGACAGGCAUCCUUUGAAAUCUCACCUUCUCCUGUCCAGACUGAGCCUAAGCAUGAGAAUCAGCUUUUCUAUACUGAACUUGACAACAGUACACCAGGACCAAUAAGGCAGCCUCCAGCCACCAUUGUGAGCAGCCUUCAGCACAAUACGUCAGGCCUGCACAUGGAUACUCCAGGUCCUAUAAAAAAUGCUCCAGAGUCAAAGAUUUUAUUCACUGAACUGGGGGAAGAUGUUCCCGGUAAAAUAACCAAUUUGUCCCUUUCUAUUCCUCCUUCAAUAGUGGUGACCACGCAGAACCUGAAUGGGCCAGGACUCUCUUUUCAUAGUAAGACACAGAAAGCAAGACAGACCAGUAGUGACAGGCCUUUAAUAGGUCUUUGUAGACCUUCAGAACAGAAACUGGAGUCAGCAAACACAUUUUCCUCAGGCUGUAGGGUGUUUACCAUCUGCAAGGACUUAUCCCAGACAAAGACACCAGUCGAGGUUGGCAGACCAUGCUUGAAGUCUGAAGUAAGCUGCAGCUCAGUUCUUGCGUCAGGCUGUGAGUCAGUUGUGGAGGGAAUGCAGAUCCCGCUGGAUGCCUGUGGUUGUCCAUCAGUCUAUACCAACUGCAUCAAUGAGGGAGAUAGCUUUGAUGAGGAGCUGACAGUUUAUGAGUUCUCCUGUCGCACACAGAGCAGUGGGGUACCCCAAAUGUCUGGAGCAGGUCUUCCUCUCAUGACAACUCCUCCUGUCCAUUCUUUUUUGUCCACUUCCUCUACCCACUCUCCAUCCUUUUCACGCUCUGUCCUGUCUUCUUCUUCUGCUUCUGAGCUCAGUCCUCUCCUUUCACCGCUGUCUGAAGCAUCUGACAGUUUUCUUUCUCAAAUGCACAAGGAGACUGUCAACCGGUUGGGUCAGCAGCGCUACCCAGCACCUCCUGCAGGUUUCCAGGUUCUCAGAGUAGAUGUGGACCAGCUCCUAUCUAUUCUAGAAAGUAGCAGUACUGACCGCUCUGUUGCAAGUCACAGAGGUCGGCACCCAAGGGAAACCUGCCCCUCACACUUUACAGAGAACAAGCGAGUUCUACAAAUUGAGGCACGGCGAUUAAUGUCAGGUUGCCAGAAGGUAGUAGGGAUUGGACAGAGUCCCGAAGAAAUGCUUCAUUCCUUGGCUGACAGUUUUCGGACACUGGUGGAGCUGGCUGGCAUCUGCCUUUGGUUCUCUGGCUGCGACAGGUGCGACCGGAGAAACGCUGAGGCAGUUGCAGGUCUGGCAGAUGUGGCCCGGUCUUUCAGGGACUUCUGUCUUGCAGCAGAGCGAGCCAACAGCAAGCGAAGCUGCGAGGAUCUGAGCACCAAGCUGCUAGCCAAACAGUGCACAGCACUCACCGCCUCUGUCUUCUGCCUCACACAGCUGUUCCGCACCCUCACUGCACUGUAAGCUUGAUCCAACUUCUGAAAAGUCUGAAUUGACCUCAGGCUCUAACCUCAACAAGGGGAAUGGUCAUCAGUGAGGACACAGCUGCUGAAAACGUGGGCAGUGUGACCACUUUUUGGUGUGAACAUUUCACAGAUUUCUAAGGAGCCCUCAAAUGCAAGUUGAGUGAGCUGGGAAACACACCAGGAUCAUCAAGCACCAUAAAACCUCAAGUGAUCACAGUAACUUUGCACUUGUGCAGUUAAAGGGUGCAGAUUAAUGAGGUGCAUGUGGUGAGUGACUGUAUGCUGUGCACGUACUGUAGCCCACAAACCAAAAAGCAGAACCUGCUUGCAUUCCAAUACUGAGCAACAGAUCUACUUGAAUGUACUCUAUGUUAUCUUUUAUGUUUAUUAAUUUAUUGAUAUAUUUAACCUACAAGUUACUACAGUGUGUUGAUGGACAUGAGAGGAAUGUAAAGACAAAGAGGGAAGAAAUGUGAAAAUGUUUACAGGCAUAGUUUUUAGACACAGUAGUGAUUAUGAGAAUAGCUGGCCUUUUACAAACAUACCAGAGCACAUACACACACUGCAUCCAUACAAAUAAAUCAUUUCUGAUUCGUCUGUUCAUACACAGGCCUUUUGUUUGACUGACUGAUCAUAUUAAGAUUACAUUUUUGGAUCGAUCUUCUUAUAUGAAACACUGCAGGGGACUGAUGCUUAUAUUAUUAUAUUCUCUAGGCUGUCAGGCAGUGAAGUGUUUUUCUGAAUGUUACUGUUUACAAAACCAAAAACUGUAGUUUAAAGGAUUUGAUCAAAUAACACGAUUCAAGCCUAAAGCUGUGUUUGCCAUUUUAUAAAUAUAGAAUGCUGGUGAAUGCUCAUUAUAUGACUUUAUAAUACAAAGGAUAACAUUUGGAUGAGGUACAAGUCUUUUGCACAUUCAAUUUGUGGUCAAUUUUGCACAUAUUUUGGACAUUAAUUUUAUGGAAUUGUAAAACCUUUGCUUGCUUUUGGUUAAUUAUUUGUCUCAUUUAUCCACCUUCAGUUGAAAGACUGAAUCCUCUAGUGCAUAAUCGUAUACCAAACAACCACUCCAAACAGUAAUUAAUUUUUCAGUUUUGGAUGGCAUUCCAUUUAGGUUAAGGAUUUCAUUCAAAAAGAGACCCAUUUCAGACAAUUUACACUAAACACUGUUUUAUAAUGGUCUAAACCAUGUAAGAAUUUCAAGAUUCUGAGGUUCAGAUACUUUGCAGGGUUUUUCGAGGGUUUUCAUCAAACCUGCACACCUCUAUCCAUUCUUUGGAGACAAUAAGCAGUAAGGACCUUUUGCUGACCUAGACCCUCACACUAAGUGCAUUAUUCUACAGAUUACCCAGUAUGGCCACAAAUGGCAGUGAACCAUUAACUAAAUACAGGUGCAGAUAUCCCAAUCAGAGCAAAAAUGAGCACUGAUUGACACAUUAGGUAGGAGUGUCUAAGACUUUCAGUGAAACCAAUCUAAUUAUUGACCAACAACCUUGUCAUUGGUGUUCCUCCAGACAUAUGUUACCUAAGUCAUACACAACACUCAUCUGACAAAAGUUUAUGCAUAAGCUGUUGCAGUUUCACUGUGAAUGCUUCUAAAAUGAAAGACUGACGCACAUCAGACCUGCAUGCUCACUGGAGAAAUUAAUCAGUAAUUAUUUCACCACCCCAGUACUGGGAACACAAACAGGCUAUGUUUCUGUAUAUACGGUAUUUAUAAUGUGCUAAAACACCUGUCUGUUUAGUUCUUUUUGGUUUCAAUGGAGUAUGGUUUACUGUACUUAAUUUAAAAAUUGCAACAGAGAAUAUUUGAAUUACUCUUCCAAUGAUCUCAAUGAGGAAAUUGCCCCAAAGAAAUGGUGAGAAACAUGUUCUCUGUCAUCAUCUGUGCUCACGUAGCAUGCUGUGCAAAGCCAUGAAAUGCAUUGUUUCAUCAGGGAUUUUAUUGUUGAAUGACUGAAAGCUGAUGUCUGCUCUUGCUUUGUAAUGCUCAACUCCCACAAUUAAAACCAAUGUCCAAAUGUU